AUGCAUUUUAAUAAAGCAUUAAUAUCAACACCAGUUUUAUUGGAUUUUUGUUUGUUUACCAGAAAUGAAGAGGUACAGAAAUGCUAUCAAUAUAAAGUUUGGAACCAAUAUAAAGGAAUAUUCCUUCCUACUCCAGAUGCUAAUGAGGAUGAACUCCUUCCUUAUAGAAAUCCACACAUUGGGUAUUUGUCACUAAAUGUGCCCAUCGGAGCUCCCGCUGCACUGAAGCCAAGUGAGUAUUUGAGAUGGAAAGAAAAGCUGUACAGGUGUAAUGAAACUGGAAGAAGCUGUGACAGUUUUCUGUCCUUUCACAAGCAUGCAAGGACAAAGGCCGAAGACAAACCCUAUGAGUAUGAUCAAUGUGGGAAAUCCUGCUCUGAUGUUAGUGAAAGAAUUCACCUUAUAGAGAAUAUCUCUGAAUGUAAGAAAAAUUUGAAAGACUCCAGUACAACAAAUGAUGUUCAGAUCCACAAAAGCAAUCACAGUGGGGGUAAACCCUAUAUAUGUAAGCAAUGUGGGAAAGGUUUUAGUACUCAGAGGUAUUGUAAAGUCCAUGAAAGGAUUCACACUGGGGAAAUAGACUGCAUAUGUAAGCACUGUGGGAAAGCUUUUAGCACACAUAGUGUUUGUCGAAUACAUGAAAGAAGUCACACUGGAGAGAAACCCUAUGUAUGUAAGCAAUGUGGGAAAGCUUUUAGCACCCAGGGUUAUUGUAAAAUACAUGAAAGUACUCAUACUGGGGAGAAACCCUAUGUAUGUAAGCAAUGUGGGAAAGCUUUCAAAACACGUCUUGAUUGUCAGAGACAUGAAAGGCGUCAUUCUGGGAAGAAACCAUAUGUAUGUAAGAAAUGUGGAAAAGGUUUCAUUACAUUGUAUUAUUGUAAAAUACAUGAAAGAAAUCACACUGGGGAGAAACCAUAUGUAUGUAAACAGUGUGGGAAAGCUUUUGGAACAUUGUAUUAUUGUAAGAUACAUGAAAGAAAUCACAAUGAGGAUAAACGAUAUGUAUGUAAACAAUGUGGGAAAGCUUUUGGGACAUUGUAUUAUUGUAAAAUACAUGAAAGAAAUCACACUGGGGAUAAACCUUAUAUGUGUAAACAAUGUGGGAAAACUUUCAGCACAAAGAGUCAUUGUCAGGUACAUGAAAGAUCUCACACUGAAGAGAAACCGUGUGUAUGUAAACAAUGUGGGAAAACUUUCAGCACAAAGAGUAAUUGUCGAAAGCAUGAAAGAUCUCACACAGGGGAGAAACCAUACGUAUGUAAACAAUGUGGGAAUGCUUUCAGGACAUUGUAUUAUUGUAGAAUACAUGAAAGAAAUCACAAUGGGGAGGAACCUUACAAAUGUAAACAAUGUGGGAAAACUUUCAGCACAAAGGGUAACUGUCAAAGGCAUGAAAGAAUUCACACUGGGGAGAAACCAUAUGUAUGUGAACAAUGUGGGAAAGCUUUCAGCACACAUAGUGUUUGUCAAGAACAUAAAAAAACUCACACUGGGCAAAACCCCUACAUAUGUAAGCAAUGUGGGAAAACUUUCAGGACAUGUGAUGGUAUGGAAGUUCAUGAAAGAUUUCACACUGGGGAAAAACCCUAUGUAUGUAAGCCAUGUGGGAAAGCCUUCAUGACACGUAGUGGUUUUGGAAAACAUAAAAGAAGUCACUCUGAGCAGAAGAAGCCCUAUGUAUGUAAACAAUGUGGGAAAGCUUUCAGGUUGCACAAUGAAUGUAACACACAUGAAAGAAUUCACACAGGGGAGAAACACUAUGCAUGUGAGCAAUGUGAAAAAAAAUUUGUUACUAAGUCUUCAUUAAAUAGACAUAAAAAAACUCACUGGAGAUAAACUUUAUGUACUUAAGCACUGUAGUAGUGCUUUCAGCACACAUAUGUAAUGUUAAACAAAUGAAAGCCUUACUAGGGAGAAAUAUUUGUAUGCUUAUUUUGAAAUUUUUGUGAAAUUAUUCCUGUGGAGGAGACAUGGAGAAAUAAAUAAUACAGGGCAGCAAGAUAGCAAGGUGGACUAAGCCCAUGCUUAUGCAAGCAUAGCAACCAGGGUUCAAUCCCCUGCACCACAUGCCGCCCACCCUAUCCCCUGCAUACACUAA